AGUCAGGCAAGGUUGCAGCUCGAACGACAGGUCGUCGAGUUCCAACGCCGUGGCCGGCUCUUUUUCAACAUCAAUCAGACACGUCGCGUUGUGCCUGCCACACACCGCAUACUCACAGCGACGCAGCCCUAUCCUCGGUAGUCUUGCGCCGCCCGCCGCCGCCGCCGGACGACAAUUGCUUCUCGCAUUGUUGCCAGUUGCGGGCUGCUGCCAUUACAUUAGCUUGAGGGCCGUUUACACCAACAAGCUCCCAACCAUCGCCAUCACCAUCAUCAUCACCACCUGUAGCGCCUUCGCUAGUCCGAGCUCAGCUCGGCUCGCGGGACAUUGGCUGCCCUGACCGACCGGACUCUCGACGUCUCACCAGUGUGCUUCCCUUCCCUCCAGGCGCUGUUCGCGUCGACUCCAGCGCGCGAAGCAGCAUGGCGUCGUCAACGCCCUCGGAGCGCAAGGCGCGUCGCGUCACCGACUAUCCGUUUGUGCUCGAUUACCGGACGAGAUGGAACGACAAUGACAUGUACGAUCACAUGAACAAUUCUGUGUACAACUUUCUCUUCGACUCGGCCGUCAACGCCUACCUCAUGGAGCACUGCAGCCUGCACCCGCCCAACUCGGCGCAGCACCCGCUCGUGGCGCACACGUCGACCGACUUCUUCGCCUCGGUCGCCUACCCGGCCGUCGCCGAGGUGGGCGUGCGCGUCGCCAAGCUCGGCCGCUCGAGCGUCACCUACGAGGUGGCCGUCUUCGAGCGCGGCGUCGACGCCGUCCGCGCCGUGGGCAGCUUCGUCCACGUCUUCGUCGAGCGCGCCACCGGCCGCCCCCACCCGGACGGCAUGGCCCCCGAGCUGCGCCGCGGCCUGGAGCGCCUGCUGGUCCGUGACGACGGCAAGGUCCCGGCCAAGAUUUGAGAAGCGCGUGGUCUUGCGGUCUCUCUCUCUCGCGCGCGCGCGCGCGGGGCCCCCCCGCUUUCGAAGCCCGAGGUUGGAGGGAGUGUAUGUACGGUGCUGGCUGGAGUCGUGUGCGUCUUUUAUUUGGAGUCUUGAAGGGAUAUGUAUGCCCGAUGCGGACCCCCCUUUCUUCGAGGCAUGGGCUUUCUUUACAUUGCAUAGCAUUUCCUCUUUAAUCUGAAA